UACUUAAACCGAAGAAUGAGUGGAUAUAGUAGUGUAUGUUCUGAGAAAAUGUGUCCUCAAUUGGACGAAAAUGUGAAGAAAAAAUUAACAAGGAUAUCAAAUGAAUCGGAGAUUUUGGGGAAAAUGAUUGAGCUUUCCGGUGGAAUGGGUUGUUCUGGGUCUACAGGACCACAGCCUGGACUCACAGACAGUCACAAGACUACAGUUAAAAAGUCAUGGGCCAAUUUUGUCAAGAAGGGAGAUUUGACAGACCUAGGAAUGCCAAUGUUUAUAAAAUUGUUUGAAGAAGCCCCAGAGGUUAAGCCAUUGUUUAAAUUUGUAGACACAAGUAACUGUAAUGAAAAUACCAAAUUAAGAAAUCACGUCAAAGGUGUGUUCGAAGUUGUUGGUGUAGCAGUUGAUACGAUCGAUGAUUUAACGAAGCUUAGUUCGAUAGUUGUCGAUCUUGGCAGCCGACAUUUCCACUACGGAACCAGGAAAGAACAUUUACCGGUUGUCGGCAAAUGCUUGAUACACGCCCUAUCCGAAGGCCUUGGUGAUGAAUUUACAGAAGAUACAAAAAAUGCUUGGCUUUCCUUUUAUAACUGGUUGGGAGGUUGUUUCGCAAAAGGAGUUUCAACAGAAUCUCGGAAGAAAUAGUUAAUUUCAUCUAUCAAUUUUUUAUGUCACAUAACUGUCAUUAAGUAAUACUGUAGAAGUGCGGUUCAGUUUUAUAAAUUGCAUUACUGUGUUGAAAUAUAACUGCUACUUAGAAAGACGUUGGUUGAUAAAAUCAAAAUAAAUAAUCAUCAUCAUUA